AGUCCACACAACAAGGCAUCCCAGUUGUUUGAAAGCCCUGCUGAAUUUGGAGAAAUUAUGUCCUGGCAUCUGGCCUACUUCCCUAGAACACGAUGUGAUAAUACUGUCAACGUGGGCCAGCCGUUCCCCUCGACACGUUGGUCUCAUUCCCAGAAGAGACUGGAGAGCCCGUUUGCCGUACUUUUGCUCGGUUUCCGGCCUGAGCGCAUUUCUUUUGUGGCGGAGUCCCCAGUGAAUAACCUGAUCAGAUUAGCGUGAACCAUGUGGUUGGCCAAUAGCGACGGGAAGGGCUCUUCACGUGCUGCUCUUUCAAGUUAUUAGGAAACGUGUCCGGAUAGACCUGCCCAGCGCUUGCUGCCGACGUCCCUCUGUCUUCCUGCUGUCUAAUUCAGGAGACGAUGAGAUGAACGACACGGAGCAAGGACUGCCCGCGGGGAUGGAGGGACGCGGGAACCUGAGGCUUGUUUCCACAGUGGGGUCAGCUGUGAUGGUGGCUCUGGUCAUGUUCUCCUUCGGAUGUUCUGUGGAGAUGCAGAAGCUUUGGCUACACCUGAGAAGACCCUGGGGCAUUGCGGUGGGACUCCUUUGCCAGUUUGGGAUCAUGCCUCUGACGGCCUAUGUGCUAGCCGUUGGCUUCUCUCUGAGGCCGUUCCAAGCUAUUGCCGUCCUCAUCAUGGGGAGCUGCCCUGGGGGCACCGUCUCCAAUGUCCUCACCUUUUGGGUUGAUGGAGAUAUGGAUCUCAGCGUCACCAUGACGACCUGUUCUACGGUGGCCGCCCUGGGAAUGAUGCCGCUCUGCCUCUACCUCUACACUUGGUCCUGGACUCCUACAAAGAACCUUGCCAUUCCGUAUCAGAACAUAGGAAUUACCCUUGUGUCCCUGAUCGUUCCUGUGGCUGCCGGUGUCUAUGUGAAUCACAGGUGGCCAAAGCAAGCAAAAGUCAUUCUUAAGGUCGGGGCUGUGGCUGCUGGCAUUCUCCUUCUGAUGGUAGCAGUGACUAGUGUGGUCCUGGCAAAGGGAUGGGGUGUCCAUGAUGUCACUCUCAUCGUCAUCAGCUUUAUUUUUCCUUUGGUCGGCCAUGUCAUGGGCUUCCUGCUGGCAUUCUUCACCCACCAGUCUUGGCAAAGGUGCAGGACAAUCUCCAUAGAGACGGGAGCUCAGAACGUGCAGCUGUGCAUCGCCAUGCUGCAGCUGUCCUUCACUGCUGAGCACCUGGGCCAGCUGUUGAACUUCGCGUUUGCCUUCGGACUCUUCCAAGUGCUGCAUGGGCUGCUCAUUGUCGCAGCGUAUCAGGCAUAUAAGAGGUGGCAGAAGCACAAACACAGGAGGCAGCACCCAGAGCGCCCGGACGUCUGCAGCAUGAGGAAGCCCAGAGAGACCAGUGCCUUCCUGGAGGAAGGUGAUGAAGCACUGGGGCCAGUGAAGCCAGAGCAGCACCCCAGGCUGACCAGCCACAUUCCUUCAUGUGAAGAGCGGGGGACCCGGGCCGACGUGGUCCUCCAUCUUCCUCAGGGGUCAGUGAAGCCCACGUGCAGCUGGCAGUGA